AUGGCCGGUCAUAAACAACCAUACAAAGUUGCUGAUAUCAGUUUAGCUGAAUGGGGUCGAAAAGAAAUAACAUUGGCUGAGUAUGAAAUGCCUGGCCUUAUGCAAUUACGAAAAAAAUACGGAGCAGCCAAACCGUUGAAAGGUGCAAGAAUUGCCGGUUGUUUACAUAUGACGAUUCAAACAGCUGUUCUUAUCGAAACACUCAAAGAGCUUGGUGCUGAUGUUCAAUGGAGUAGUUGUAAUAUAUUUUCAACACAAGAUCAUGCUGCAGCUGCUAUAGCUAAAACUGGAAUACCCGUUUAUGCAUGGAAAGGUGAAACUGAUGAAGAGUACUUAUGGUGUAUUGAACAAACUCUUUAUUUUCCUGAUGGUCAACCAUUAAACAUGAUAUUGGAUGACGGUGGUGAUUUAACGGGAAUCAUUCAUGAAGAUAAGUAUGCAAAAUUAGCGUCGGGUAUUUAUGGUAUAUCAGAAGAAACAACAACAGGUGUCCAUGCACUAUUCAAAAUGUUGAAAGCAAAAAAAUUAAAAAUUCCAGCUAUCAAUGUCAAUGAUAGUGUUACAAAAUCGAAAUUUGAUAAUUUGUAUGGUUGUCGAGAAUCAUUAAUCGAUGGCAUUAAACGCGCAACAGAUAUAAUGAUUGCUGGAAAAGUGGCGGUGGUGGCUGGAUAUGGAGAUGUCGGGAAAGGAUCAGCUAGAGCAUUGAGAAAUUUUGGUGCAAGAGUUAUUAUUACAGAAAUUGAUCCAAUUAAUGCUUUACAAGCAGCAAUGGAAGGUUACGAAGUGAUAACUAUGGAUGAAGCAUGUAAAAUUGGUCGAAUAUUCGUAACAGCAACUGGUUGUCGUGAUAUUAUUCUCGGCAGACACAUGUCGGAAAUGCCCGAUAAUGCAAUUGUUUGUAAUAUUGGUCAUUUCGAUAUUGAAAUCGAUGUUGAUUGGUUGAAGAAAAAUGCCGUUAGCAAAGAAACAGUCAAACCACAAGUUGACCGUUUUCAAUUGUCAAAUGGUCGUUCGAUUAUCUUGUUAGCUGAAGGACGUUUAGUUAACCUAGGUUGUGCUCAUGGUCAUCCUAGUUUUGUCAUGAGCAAUUCAUUCACAAAUCAAGUAUUAGCACAAAUUGAAUUAUUUACAAAACAUGAUAAAUAUCCACUCGGUGUCUACACGUUACCAAAAUCGUUGGAUGAAGAAGUGGCUGCUGCUCAUUUAGAUCACUUAGGUGUUAAACUAACACAAAUGUCUAAAGAACAAGCACAAUAUUUAGAUUUAAAUGAAGCUGGACCAUUUAAACCGGACCAUUAUCGUUAUUAG